GGAAGCGCAGCACACAAGAGUUCUGGAGGAGGUCUGAGCCACCAGCAGUCUGCUGCCCCCUCCUUUUCUUUUCUUUUUUUUCUUCCUAAAUCGCCAUUCCUCUGUCUGUCCGGCACGCACAGCUGAGCCAAGCGUCCGCUGUGCGUAAUUACGCACGGACACGACGGACCCGCGGCGCUCCUCACCGUGGAAACUGGACUAAAACCCGUGGACAAAGGAGGGCAGGCUGGCUGGAGCUCCUCAACUACUCACUUCACUGGAGAGAGCAGGACUGCUGCAGGGCAAUGUGGAGUCGGAAGUGAUUUGUUUUUUCUUUCUUUUUUUUUCUUCCCAUUCACUCCGCAAUGUAAAGUAGGAGGAGGAUUUCAGUGAAGAAAACAGACAUUUUUUUUUUACCGAGUGGACAGAAAAGGCCAGGAAGACUUCGUGAGUGGAAUUAGUCCCCAAACAUCAUCCCGAUCCUCGGAGCAUGGGAGGAGUUGACUGCGAGCUGUAAAAUGUACCCGCAACAGCGUGAGAGGGAGCAGCCCAUCUUCAGCGCCAGAGCUCAUGUCUUCCAGAUCGACCCGGCCACCAAACGCAACUGGCUGCCGGCCAGCAAACAUGCCGUCACCGUGUCCUUCUUCUACGACGCUAGCCGCUCCGUCUACCGCAUCAUCAGCGUGGGCGGGACGAAGGCCAUCAUCAACAGCACAAUCACCCCCAACAUGACUUUCACCAAGACCUCCCAGAAGUUUGGUCAGUGGGCGGACAGCCGGGCCAACACCGUCUACGGGCUGGGCUUUUCCACAGAGCAGCACCUUCAGCAGUUUGCAGAGCAGUUUAAGGAGAUAAAGGAGGCAGCUCGUCUGGCGAGAGAAAAGUCUCAGGAGAGGUUUGAACUGGCCAAUCCUGCUCUCAACAUCGCAGCUCCUCAGCUCUCGCAGGAGUUGUCGGAAGACCGCCAUUCACCGCCGCUGCUGACGGUUAACGGACCCGGAGAGGAGAAGCUGUUUCGCAGUAAGAGUGCUGAGGUGGAACUGACAGCCGAGAAGGAAAGGGUCAAGAAGAUGCUGUCAGAAGGGUCCAUGUGUGAGAUAAACUUGGAGGCCGAACUGUUCACUCUGCAGGACAGCAAUGCCAAGCUGGUGGAAGCUCUGCAGGAAGCCAACAGCAGCGUGGAGCAGUGGAAAAAACAGCUGGCGGAAUAUCAGGAGGAGACGGAUCGCCUCCGAGAUCAGGUGGCUGAGCUGGAGGCCCAGCUGGGACAUCCUGCUGCUGCUCAGUCCGAUAAAGAGGAGCUGAGUCGGUCGCUGGAAGAGCUGGAAACCUUGCUGAGAGCCAAAGACCAGGAAAUUCAGAACUUACAAACCAAGAAAACAGAUGUGAGUGAGCUGGAGAAGGAGAAAGAGGAGGCCUUACAGAGACUCCAGGAUGUGGAGAGACAAAACGCUGAGCUAGAAAAUCGCGUCACGAGCGCCGAGAAGACGCUGGCCACCAGCCGGGAGGAGCAGGAGCAGGCGGAGGUUGAUGUCCGGCACAUCAUCGAGGUUCUCGACGUCAAACUCUGUGACCUGAAAGGCCUGAGGGAGAGCCUGGCUAAACUGGUCGAGAAGUAGCCGCUGGAGCUGGGUGUGCAUCUCCACAGUCUACGACCGUUUCCUCCAUGCGGCCUUGAUUUGCAUUUGCUGGUGUGAGCAGAGCAAAGAUCAAAGUAAUAUGGUGGAAAUCACAAUGAUGUCUACCUUCAUGUUUUUUUUUAAGAUAUGUGCAGGUAAACAGCCGCUGUCAGAAACCUCUUAAAGGUGCUAUGCCCAGAAUAAAUCAUCUGCACCGUUUCUCAUCAAUGCACCAUCAUGUGCCCUCACUGACUGGCAAGUGUAAAAGCUUUGGAUCCAUCUGCUCUGGGAGAGCAGCAGGAUAGCAGCUUCCUUGUGAUUUCCUCAUAUAUGAUGCCAACUAAACUUAGGGUCUGGUCGAGAACACCCAUGGAAUGCGCGUCAGAAUAAGUUAAUUCACCUAUUAAAUGAAGCUUUUGUAUGUGUGUGUUUUCUUUUAAAUAACUGUCAUGUGGGUUUCUGCUUCAGUCAGAAAAUAUCAAAUGAUUUGUACAGUCCAGAGCAGGGCAGGACCUGCCAGCCCUUUAAAGAUGUUUACAGUAGUCCGGAAUGAAUAAAUGAAUGAGAAGUUGCUGCAGUUGUGGUAAAACCUGCUAAACACCUGUCUAAGAACUUCAAACGAGGCGUGCCCCGCUUGAGUGUGUUUUAGGAUGAAGCCCUCAUCUUAUUAAUGAUGGACUGAAGCCUUUAGGUUUACAUUUUCAUGUCACGUGAAGCAUUUUAGAAAUCAAGAUGUCCAAGUAAACUGUCUGGUUCUAGACUUUAAAUACCUUCCUUUGACACUGUGGAGAUGCACCCAGCGGGGGUGUGGUCAGGGUGUGGACACAUGAGAGAGAGAACCCAAGGAAAUCAGGCUGUAGUUCAUCUCCAUCAGCGGGGACUGGGAUGGUACCAGCCCCAACGAUCGACAGACUCAGAGAUGCAGCAGCCUUCUUCUGACCCUCGGCCAUAAUAUACCAGUUUCUGCUCGUGUUUUCUAAGGAACUUCUCUUUCUCACCACUUCAUUUUUUUUUUUGAGCUUCAUUGAUGGGCUGCUCACAUUCAGGAUUACCAGCCAAAAAAGAAAAAAACCCUGCAAAAUUCAACCUCCAGCUGCUACGUUGCAUCCUCCACGGCAGCCGAAGGGAAAAGGAGAUCAGGAUCAGAAAGAGAAGUCCUGGUGUGUCUGACGGCCUGCUUUCCCACCCUGACGUUUAUUCUGUCAUUGCACUAGAUACUGUUUGUGCCAAAUUCGAUUUUGUUUACAGUUUUAAGCAUUCACAAAAAAGAUCCAUCUCAGCUUUAUGUAGUUUUUUUUUCUUUUUCUGUGUUUAACACUAUAUUUGUAAUGAUAAUUCUGGGGAGAAGCUGAGCACAACCGCAGAGCAUGCAUCACAUCAAGAGCACUGCAUGAGCUCUGCAGAAGCCUCAUAACUGCCAAAUAGAGGCAAGCUGUGUGUGUGUGUGCGCAAGCAAGCAACAUUAAGCUGUUCAAGUUUAGCAGCACAACUGCAGCAGUUGUAAUAAACUGGUACUUAACUGAUCUCAGUGUGAGAUGUGAACUGCACAGGCACACAGUAUAUUGAUCUUUGCUUGUCAGCACCUAGAAAGCUAUAGAUUUUUUUCUUUUCCCCCUCAAAUGACAAUAGGUACAAAUAUGGUUGCAGUUCUUUGCAGCUGAUAAUGAAGUGACUGCCAGAAAUCGUCAUGUAGAGAUGUGAAGUCUGUUUAUGUAAUAAAUGCCAGUAUAAUGUAGUAGCACCCAUGAUUACAUUAACUUUCAUUUAUUGCCUUGUAACUUGUUCUGCUGACGGUGUACAUAGUUAACGUGCAGUUUAGACUAUAAUAUAGGUAUUCCAAUUAAAUCACCUCAGCAGUUCUAUUGACCUCCAUGCAGGACAGAUGCUUUAUGUUAUUUACACUUAAAAUAUUUUUAAGUUCUGACUGUCUGGAGGUCAUGAAAUCAGCUGCUUCAUGCAAAUAUCACUAAACCAGCAAUAUUUCUAGCAUAGUUGCCUGUUAAUAGAUAUUACAAGUAUUUUUUGUAAUGACAUCUGUUCAAAACUUGUUGGACUUUUUUCUUUCUUUCUUUCUUAAUGGCUACAACAGAUUACUUUCAGCUCUACUGCACGAGCCCUGCACAGCCGAUGUCAGAGACACUUCGCACUCCAACAGCCUUAUUGCAGUAUUUGACUGCUGCACAACAACGCUGUGUACUCACAUUAGUGGUUCCUGGAUACGGGGGGUGGGGGGCAGGAUGACCGUCUCUAACUAACGGAAAGGCUAGUCUUUCUUGUUCAGACAUAAUUGAUUUCCUAAAGUGCAUGGAAAUAUUUAGGUUCAUGUCUUUUGACUUUAUGGUAGAAAAUAAAUUUGGGGUGAUAUUGUAUAGCUAUAAGUAAAGGAGUAUUUCCUCCAAAUACUUAAGACUAAAGAGUUGCUGCUUUGCAUUGUUUUGUUUUUUCUGUUCAGCCAUACGGUGUUUUGUUGUGAUUCUCUAUGGCUGCAGUGGCCACAUUUUAAUAAAGAGCGAUAUCUUUGGCGA